GCUCAGUAUCAUAAUUAUAUUAUAAUAAACAAGGAUUAACAAUAAAACACAGACCAAUGUACAGCACCGUCAGUGAUAUGAUCAACGCAAAAAAGUAUAGACGCCCAAAGUAGAAAGAAUUUUUCAAGUGGUUUGAUAUUUCAGCAAUGCUUUCCAACGUUAUACAUUCGCUGAUUUGGGUUGUCGGUAUUUUGAUAUUGUUGUGCCCUACUCCAUACGCCGAGAAUGUUUUUAGUUAUGAGGAUCAGAAAAAUUUCACACGGCAGUUCAAGAUACAGGUCCAACGAUUGGUGUGCAACGAAGCGCCGUACAAAGAAACCGUUCUGCUUGAAUGUCGUAUGAUAUUUAGAAGGAAUCAACGGUCAUUGCUAUGCAUGUCGCUCAAAGUGCCAAAGUUAUAUCACUACGUGAUGGUACAGUUUCAGCUGAACUACAAAUUUACCACGUAUCAAACGUUCCUAAUCGAUGGAAAGGUAGAAGGAUGUGCCUAUAUGCGUCAUCAAAAUAACGAUCCUGUCCUUACCUACAUGUACGGAGUGUUGAAGGAUAUGAUCCCAAGCGUUGUGCACCCUUGCCCAUUAGGGAACAAAACGUACACUGAGCUGACCAUGCUGAAGGAGGAAUAUGCCCCCAAAUCUAUGCCUGCUGGCGAUUACAGGAUGGAUGUAAGAUUUUCCACUAAGACCAACGUAACUCUGUUUUCGCUGCAGCUAUUCUUCGGAGUCCGACGAAGAGGUAUACUUAAUUCCAUGAUAGAGUGGUAAGGAGGUG